GGAGGAAGAUGAAGAUCGACGUCAACUCAAUCGCUCGGAGGGUCGAGGUCGACAGUCGCGUUCCCCUCCACGAUUACUACCGGACCGCUGACAACCUCCUCAAGCAGGCAAAUGUGUACCGGGAGGAGAAUAAUAUCGUGGAUCUGUUUAUCAUUCUUCUGAGGUUUUCAAGCUUGGUGUCUGAAACUAUACCGUUUCAUCGAGAUUACCGGCUUUGGUGUCCUAAAGAAAGGUCGACUUAUAGAAAGCAGAAAGUGUGUGAUGUCCUAGACGAGCUCGAAUCCUUGAAACCAGAGUUCCAGUGUCGAGUGGAUGAGUUAGAAGAAGCUGAUGCAGGGUCGCAAAUGCUUGAAUUUGACAAUUCAGAUAGAAAUGCAUAUGCCUCUAGGACAUUUCCACUGGAAUGGCCCUCCACCAGUAGGAGUUCUUACUCGAGCACAGAUAAGAAGGUUAAAGAAGGCUUUUCUGAUCCUGAUAGCUUGGCAUCUUCUUCUCUUUGGAAAUAUCAAAAUGACCAAACUCAGAGUUCGUUAUUGAAUACCAUGCAAGUUGACAAGCAGUUCCAGAAGCCUUGUUCGUGCUGCGGCUCCAUGGCCAAAUCUAGCAACCCCACCAAGGGUGCUGUGCAAGACACAAAUGGCAAAAGGAAGAAACGGUGGGAAGAACUUCGGCCGUACAAACGUGUUACUCCAAAUGUUCGCAACCGUGUUCAACGGGAAGAACAAGACAGGAUUGCUAGUCUCAAGCCUGAAUUUGGGGAGACCAAAAGAGAUAUUCUCAUGCGAACCGAGCUGCCGUCCUUCAAUACUGGGUGUUCCGCCAUAAAAAAUGAGGAAACACGGAAGAGGGCCGUGGCGGCAGAUUCAAAGGUGAAGGCAUCCGUUAAUUUGCUGACAAAUUCAGCCCCUUAUACUACGUCCAAUUUCUUUCUGUGGCUGUUUGUUUUUUGUGGCUUCUUCUUUUUUCCUGCUCACUAGAAGCAUACGAAGUGAUAUAUGGCUGGAGACGUAAGCUUACGGCACUGCUUGAUCGUUUUUGCUUGUGUUAUUGUGAGGCUUGCAUGACUUUGUAUCUAUGGUUUGGAUUUGUAUUGAAGGAUACUGCCAGAUUUACAA